AUUGCUCGAUGCCGCGAGGUCAAUUCGCAUUUCCCCCUUUUUCCACUUUCCUCGCCUUUCUUCUGAUCGAUUUGAUUGCAAUGACCACCGCGGUGUACGUGCCGCAGUAGGUACUGAAACGAAUCAAACAGUGUACGCACAUAUUCGUAGAAGCAGAGACAGAGGGUGAAUGGAAAUGGGGGAAGGGAGAGAAGGGGAUUGGGAGUGCAGCGGAUGCAAGAACAGGAACUACGCCUUCAGGUCGUUCUGCAACAGAUGUAAGCAGCCACGGCUUCUGGUCGACACCAAAACCCCCGCCGACUCCAAGUGGCUCCCGCGAAUCGGCGAUUGGAUCUGCACCGGUUGCACUAACAACAAUUAUGCAUCAAGAGAAAAGUGCAAAAAGUGUGGGCAACCGAAGGAGGUAGCAGCAAUGCCAGCAAUUGCAAUGCCUGGAGCUUCUCUCCCAUCUUAUUCGCAUUAUUUUGCCAGGGCCCAAGGAGGACCUGAACAAAAGAUGAAUAUUGGAUUAAUUGGCAAUGGAGCUCCCCAGCAGGCACUUCCUUUGAGCUCCAACUGGUCUGUAGGAGGGGCUGAUAAAUAUGGAGUUCAGCCUGCUUCAACUUGGCCCUUGGGUCAUAAUUCUGGACUUCCGUACCCAGACCCUGCUAAUCAACUUCUUUCAGUUCCUAAAGGCUGGCGGAAUGGUGACUGGAUUUGCCACUGUGGGUUUCAUAAUUACUCUUCACGUGCCCAGUGCAAAAAAUGCAAUGCUUUACCACCAGCACUUGGAACAAAGCGACUGGCAUCUGAUGACUUGGUGCAUGAAUGGGAUAACAAAAGAUUGAAUGUCGGACAAACAAAUGGGCAGUUGCAACCAUAUCCAGGUUUUGAGCAAAUGGUAGGGACUAGUGGUGACCCUAAUGCCAGACUCUAUGCUCCCUACCCCAAUGUAAGCUCAGUUACUGCUGCAAAUUUGCAAGUGCCCAUGCAGUUUCCACAACAAGCAACUGCACCUGCACUGCUCGGAAAAGGAGCAAAACAAUGGCGUGAAGGAGAUUGGAUGUGCACAAAUUGCAACAACCAUAAUUAUGCAUCCCGGUUACAAUGCAAUAGGUGUAAGACUCAAAGAAAUGUCCUCUCUCAGCCUGUCAAUGUCAUGUAGCUGCAAAUGUAUGGUGUGAUUUUGCUUGUCGUAUCCUUGUUGCGUACUCGUUGAGGUUUUGUUCUGGUUGUCAUUGUGUAUCAUGCCGGCAUGAACAUGAGAAAUUGCUAUUGGCUUGCUUUAUUCACAUAAGAUAGUCAUAGUCCCUAUAGAAAUCAGUGGCAUUUGUAUUUGAAUCUCUGAGGGUGUAAUCGAGAGCUUAGAAAUGUUUUCUUAUGGUAGUAAGAGUGUUGAUGAGUUGGGUGAUUGUCGUUCCUGGUUCAAUGCCAGUUCUGGUGACGAGUCGUGUGUUGGUGUUGUAUAAUGGCUAAGCUAUCUAGCUUCAAGUUUUGUUCUGUGUACUUAUAAAAAAGUUUUUCUUCGUUGU